UGUGGCAACGGGAGGAGGAGGAGGAAAGAAGAGCUUUAGAAAGUGGUAGAGGAGGGGAUACGUACUUUUUUCUUUCUCCUUUUUUCUUUUUCUCUUUUUGUUUCAUUUGGCCCUCAGCUCUCAAACCAGCCCGGACGUCCCCAACUCUUCAAAACGCACCUAUAUGAGCGAGGAAGCAGAAGUUGUCUGAGUUUUCACAAAAACUGUCAAGUCUCAGCAUGGCCGGGGGCUCGGUGUCUGAGUGUAAGGAGUAUUUAUUCAAAGUGCUGGUGAUCGGGGAAUUAGGUGUCGGCAAAACCAGCAUCAUCAAACGUUAUGUCCACCAGCUUUUUUCGCAGCACUACAGGGCGACGAUCGGGGUCGACUUCGCACUUAAAGUCAUCAACUGGGACAGCAAAACGCUGGUCAGGUUACAGCUGUGGGAUAUUGCAGGUCAGGAACGAUUUGGGAACAUGACGCGGGUGUACUACAAAGAGGCUGUUGGGGCAUUUGUUGUGUUUGAUGUGACGAGAGGCGCCACGUUUGAAGCCGUGUCUAAGUGGAAACACGAUCUGGACAGUAAGGUGAAGCUGGCUAAUGGCAGCCCCAUCCCCUCUGUGCUGCUUGCCAAUAAAUGUGACCAGAAGAAAGAAAUCUCCAACAACACAGCCCUAAUGGACAAUUUCUGCAAAGAGACUGGCUUCUUGGGCUGGUUUGAAACCUCAGCUAAGGACAACAUCAAUGUGGAUGAGGCAGCACGUUUCCUGGUAGAGAAUAUCUUGGCUAACGACAAAGGUUUGCCAUAUGAGGAGAGCAAUGGAGACCGGAUCAAACUGGACCAGGAGACUGUGGCUGCUGAGAGCAAGUCAGGCUGUUGCUAACAUUCAAUCCACUCACAUUAGCCAUCCUCCUCCCUUUGGCCGGGUCUAGUGAGUUCACCCAGCCUGUGGCUCCAGUUCUCUGUUGCACCCUCGAAGAGGAACAUGUCUUUUUUCUUUUUUUUUUUUCCUCUUUAUUUUGGGUCUUCAAAACGCCAGGAAUUUCUCUCUGCACUGAUACCCACUUGGUUUGAGAAUACAAGUUCCUCAUUACCCCCUUUUAUUUUCACUGUGCUGUUUCAGGAUCUUUUUGUUGUCUUUGUUUUAUAAUAAACCCUUACUAUUGGUAAUCCUGUGCCUGAGAAGGAUGCAAACAAAGCAGAAAGUUAAGAAACGCAAGCUCAAAAACAAUCCUGUAGCCUUUUUUAUUGUCAUUUUAGUUUAUUUUCUACCAAUAUCAUUCCAUGUAUGUUGAUGUCAUUUUGUCAUCCAACUGUUAUCUGUAAAACAAGAUAUUUUAAUGUGUUUCUGAAGGCUGUCUUCAGUUAACAUAAUGUACAUUAUAACAUCCUUUAAAUAUUAAAUUUACAACAUGCCUAUACUGUUUGUCCUUAACUGUUCUCAUGUUAGACUACUGUUAGUAAAUAGGUAAAUAGGCAUCACAGUCAAUGUUAUGAUUUCUGUAAUUGCUUAUAAGAUUUAUAUUUUUCCCCCUAUUUCCUAUGAAUUAAUGUGCCAUAACAGUUUAUUCUCUUUUUUUUCUUUUAUAAAUUGCUGGGUCAUAUUUUCACUCUUCUUACAAACACUUUCACGAUUACAGUUUAUAAUGACUGUAUUCAAUUUAAAAAAGAAAAGAAAAAGAACACUGAUGGUUCUGAAUGAGACACUGACAAACCUUUGUUGCUGUGUUUUCACAGGUAUAAUAGUGUAAAUCUAUAGUAUGUACGUUUGAAAUGUUUUGCAUCAUGCAUUAUAUAAUUGGUGUGGCAUAACGGAAUCAGAGGACUACACAUUUUUUCUACAUUGGGAUGGUAAUCUGUUGAAGUGUUGAUAAAAUGCAGAGGAUGUUUUAAACAUGUUUACAUGUAAAAAUACAUUAAAUCUUCAAGACCGAAAUAGAAUAAACAUUUUAACA